CUGACGCAAACCUCCUGGUGCCUCCAACAAACUUCUUCUGCACCUGUACAUUCCGCAGUUGGACCUUCGCUCCAGAGACAACACAAGCAUCGCUCCUUUCUUCUCAUCGAGUUCACGAGCAUUGCAACAAUGUCUUCAAUACCAGUCACCGUUAGCCACGCAGGCACGAAGUACCAAGUCGAGGUCGACACCUCCUCCAACGGCGAGACUUUCAAGUACCAGCUUUACAGCUUGACCGGUGUCGAACCCGAGCGACAGAAGAUCCUCGUGAAGGGAAAGCAAGUCAAAGAUGAAGACGACAUGGCCAAGUUCGGCCUCAAGGCCGGCGCGACGCUCAUGAUGAUGGGCAAGCCCUCCGGAGAGAACGCAGACCUCGCCCGCCCCAAAGAGGCGAUCAAGUUCGUCGAGGACAUGACCGAAGCCGAAGCUGCCCAGCAAGAGGGAGCUACCCCCGCCGGUCUCACGAACCUGGGCAACACCUGCUACCUCAACUCGACCCUUCAGACCCUUCGAUCGAUCCCCGAACUCCAAACAGCUUUGACCACACACAAGUCUGGCAGUGGCGGCGGCAGCAGCAGUUUUGGUCUGGGAUCAACCGACCUUGCCACCCAGCUUACGGACCUCUACAAGAACAUGUCGGAGACCCAAGGCAGUAUUCCCCCGCUCACCUUCCUGAGCACGCUGCGCAUGGUCUACCCUCAAUUCGCGGAGAAGUCCAAGACCGGCAACGGAUACGCUCAGCAGGACGCUGAGGAGGCCUGGUCUCAAAUCCUCAUCCAGUUGAAGCAGAAGCUCUCCGAGUCGGAAGACACCUCCUUUAUCGACAGAUACAUGGCUGGAGAGCUCCAGUCGACACUCGAGGUCGACGAGCAAGCCGCCAGAGAUGCUGGUGAAGAGCCAAUCAAGUCCAGCGAACCCUUCCUUAAGCUCAACUGCCACAUUGAUCAAAACAUCAACCACUUGCGAGACGGUCUCUUGGCGGCAUUGACAGAGAAGCUGGAGAAGAAGUCGUCAGUAUUGGACAGAGAUACCACGUACACCAAGAAGUCUCAGAUCUCGCGGCUGCCCAAGUACCUUACUGUCCACUUCGUACGUUUCUUCUGGAAGCGCGAGGUGCAGAAGAAGGCCAAGAUCAUGCGUAAGGUUACGUUCCCGCACGAGCUUGACGUUGUUGAGUUCUGCACCGACGAGCUGAAGAAGUCUCUCAUCCCCGUUCGCGACAAGGUUCGCGAGAUUCGCAAGGAUGAGGAGGAUAUUGAACGUGCCCGUAAGAGGCGCAAGAUCAACCCCAACGACCGAGGUGACAUCGCCGGAGCAUCUGGAGCCCCGAGCAAGGAGGAAAAGACAGCUCUGGAGAAGGCCAACGAGAAGAAGGCCGAGAGAGCCGGAAAGCCCGUUGCCACCACCUCCGACGGCGACGUCGAGAUGGCCGAGACCUUCAAGACCGAUGCUGAGGUCGAAGCCGAGAAAGACGCCGCUCUUCUUGCUGCCAAGAAGGAGCUCUACGCCCUGGUCAACGAGGACUUGGCCAAGGACGAGGGCGCCAACCAGUCAGGAAUCUACGAGCUGCGCGGUGUCGUCACUCACCAGGGUGCCAGCGCCGACAGCGGUCAUUACACUGCGUACGUGAAGAAGACUGCACCUAUCGACCCCAAGACGGGCCAAAAGGGCGAGGAGGAUGGCAAUUGGUGGUGGUUCAACGACGACAAGGUUUCGGAAGUCACUUCGGACAAGAUUGAUGCUCUCGCCGGCGGUGGUGAGUCCCACUCUGCCUUGAUUCUCCUCUACAGAGCCAUUCCUUUGCCCACGGUUGAGAAGGCCGAGUAG